UUUCUUUGGCGGGAUUGGCGGUGGCGGCGGGAGGAGGAGGAGGUGCGGGAAGAGAGAGAGAGCGAGACCGACCCGGGGUCCGCGGGCUAGGUCUGGGAGGUGAAGGAGAGCGGGAGACGCAGCACAAUGACAACUUCACAGAAGCACCGAGACUUUGUGGCUGAACCCAUGGGGGAGAAGUCAGUGAAGUGCCUGGCAGGAAUCGGGGAGGCCCUCGGGAGAAGACUGGAGGAACAGGGAUUUGAUAGGGCGUACGUGGUGCUGGGACAGUUUCUGGUGCUGAGGAAGAAUGAAGACCUCUUCAAAGAGUGGCUGAAGGACACGUGCCAGGCCAACUCCAAGCAGUGCAACGACUGCCACACCUGCCUGCGCGAGUGGUGCGACGCCUUCCUGUGAAGCUCCCGGCGACAGCUCCCCUCCUGCCCUCCCCUUUGUACUUUUAUCGAUCUUAAAGUAACGUUAAAUUAUCUGCUGUGCUUUAGUCCCACAUGGUUCACCCCCAGAGUUCUUUACCCUCUCUCUCUCUCUCCCCCCCCACCUCUCUCUGGUUGCCAUGAUUAUGAUCAGACGGUCCUGAGGUUGGGCCGGGUGCGGGGGGGGCGGGGGG